AUGACAUCUGGUCACGAACUGACUGACAGACAGGAGUACUACCGUUUUCUCGGACGUAUGCCACCGGGUCGACUAUAUCAGGGAUUGUUCACCUUAUUCCACUUACUUAUACCUCAGCGUCUAUCAACCUUACCAACGGAUGUCAUCCAAUCUCUCCUCCCGAAUUUGUCAUCGUUACCUGCUCAGUCGGUUACCACUCCACUUGACGAUGGAAUUUUGCUGGAGCGUGUCUCACCCUACCUCACCCUUCGGUUUGCGUGCAGACCCUCUGGCACCGAGCUUGCAUCACUUCUCGCUAACCUACUUGCUCCAGCUACGAACCCUAGUGACGCGCUCAACGCUGUGCUCGUUUAUAGCGGACUCCUGGCGCAUGGCACCGGUUAUUGGAUACUGCCAGAUUUUGUACUUACCCCCACUUCUUUCGUCCACCAACUUGAGCAAAUAAAUCUGUCGCAGCCGGAUGUGACUGACGUAAAUGGCCAACAAUCAUUCGGGCGCGUUCAUCUUCAUGUCGCUAUCGGCGGUUUCCCAUCUGGAGGCGAGUGGCGUCAGUUGCUUUCCCGUCGUCCCGAUUUGCUAGGUGCUCGAACCAUCCAACUCGCAGUUAACACUAAUCGUGCUCAGGUAAACCAAGAGCUUAAUGGCACUACAUCCGAUUCAUCAAGCUUUUCCGCCUUAGAUGACAUCUUGCAAAAACCAUCGCUUCGUGCGCUUAGACUUAGCCUGUACAUCUUUCCCGAGGGCUCCGGACAGUCCUCUAUUCUUACGUUACCCGGAUACAGUAUGCUUAUCAACGCCGGCCAUUCACAUCGUCCGAAUUGCUGGCCGGUGCUAAGCUAUUUGGACCGCUUGGAUUCGGUAUUUGUCACUCAUUGGGGAGUGGACAACGUCCUUGGAAUGAACGCAGUGUUGCCAUGUGUAUUUGCACCGAUCUCAUCCAACGGAGACUCUGGUGACAAUGCAAUGUGCUUACUCGCCCCUCCUCCAUUCCCUCUGCGUAUUGCAGCGUCCCCUGAUGUCGCUGCAACUGCGACUUCUCUCAGCUUGAACAUCCCACGACUCGUAUCGCAGUUACUUUCGAGCUUCAAGCAAACUGGUGUCGCGCUGAACCUUCACACGCUCUCACGCGGUGCCAAAGUUGCGUCACCACCCCGACCUCUUAGGUUGUAUCAGAAGGUCGGCCAAGGCACCCUUGAAGCGCAUGUCUUAACUCCAGCGGACGAUGAUACAACGGAACUGCGCCACGCAACUAACAGCUGGAUGGAAGCAUUGCCAUCAUUGACUUCCACGUCGGUUGGGCUGGGGAAAUCGGCACCAGCGAGCAAGGUUACCAUCCCUUUGCUGUCAUACAUCAGCGUAUCAGCUAUUAUCGUUUGGCGACCGGCCCGGGAAACCGAACCAAUUCUUCGUAUCUUGCUCGUUGCUCCAAACGCGCACCAGACUCGUGUUCUCGUUAGUCUGGAGUCUAUUGUCGCAGCCAACAUAUACCUUCGGCACCAAAGGGUAUCGAUGGCAGAUUUCGACCGCAAACAUUCCACCUCUCAAACUUCUACGCGCACUAAUGGGUCAUCGUUAACUACUAAAACCUCGAGUGGAUCUUUCACGAAAGCUACUCCAGGACGUGCUUCUACUCUUCCCCAGCCCACACAGAACAUCAGCCACCAGCUCAAGCCCACUGAAAAUAAAUCAAUGCACUAUGAGGAGAAGUUAACUAUGGGACUCUCAGCAAACCUGAAAUCCGGAUCGGAUGUCCCUAUUCUUGAAGAUGAUAAUCAGACUAAAUACAGCGCUACCGCACACGGGGACCAGGGCAACCAAUCGUUGCGGUACACUCCGGAUCAACCGAUUGGAGACUCGGCUGGCCAAGCCUCGGUCCUUCUGGCUGCUUGCCACACACCGCCUCCGGACGAACUCGUGGAUUCUUGGGGUGUUCCACAGUUUCUUCCUCCACCUGUUCCCCCAACUGGAACGCAAACCACAACGACAAAGCGUCCGAUUGCCGGUCCUCGUAAAGCGCCUACCACUGCCCGGUCUGGUGAGUUAUUUUCUACUUACUACUUUGCUGUUGUUGAAUGA